UUGCAACAAUUCCUCUUAAUGAGCAAAGAACUGUUACUGCGGAUUGGUAUGCCACCAUUUCUUUGCCAAAAGUCAUCACCGAGCUUCGAAAAAUCAACCCCGAAUGAAGAAUCAUCCACCACCAAGCCAAAAAACAAGGCAGUAUAUAACGGAAGAAAACGUGGAAUUAUUGGAUCAUCCUCCAUAUACUUGCGAUCUAAGUCCUAACGAGUUCUUUACUUUCCCGAAAAUUAAAAACAGACUGCGUGGUCAAAGGUUUCAGUCACCAUAAGAAGCAGUUGAUGCAUUCAAAAAUGCCGUUUUGGAUCUGCCAGCAAACGAGUGGGAUAAGUGCUUCGAAAAUUGGUACGAGCGCAUGCAGAUGUAUAUUAAUCUUCGUG